AUGUCUUCAUCACAUUUUACUGGUCGACAAAGAAAAGAUUUAAGUGUCGAGAUGAUUAGAACCAAAAUUGCUCAUAGAAAGUCACUGUCUCAGAAAGAAAACAGACAGAAGAAAUACCAGCAAAACAGACACUUUGGUUUGAAAGAUGUCAACAUCCCAAUCAUGGAAGAUAGAAAUCUUGAAAUAAAUAAAACAUAUCAAGAACUUGUUCCCAUGAAGCCAAGUAAGUAAAGAUCUAUUAGAACCAUAUGGGGCGAUCAUCGAAGACAGUUGCUCCAGAAAUACAAAGAAGAGAAGCAGCUUCAGAAGCUGAAAGAACAGAGAGAGAAAGCUAAAAAAGGAGUCUUUAAAGUGUGUCAUGUUAUACCCGACAAGCCUUCUUUUCUGUCAAAUAAGAAAGCUGUGAAAGCUGAGCCCAAAAUGGAUGUUCAACCAUCUGUACGGAUUACAAGGACAAAGGCCAGAGAACAAAUGGAACAGAUUAAGGUCAAUAAUGCUACUAAUGUUCGAGCAACUCGAUCUACUCAAAGACAAAUGUUUGAAAAGAAAGCGUUGGACAAAGAGAAACAAGCUUCACAGCCUGUUGUGGCUCCCAUGAUGAGAAUGACUCGAUCAGCUACAAAUAGCUUACAGUCAGGAAAACAGAUUGUCAAAACAGUGUCCUCUACUACAAGAAAGCCAGUCAUGAGGGCUACGAACGAAGCAGAGAGAAAAUCAUCAAAUGAAGAAAGAACGAUGAAAAAGAUAGAAACAAAGACUGAAAAGGUAAUUUCUUUUAAAAUUGGUAGUGAAGAAAAUACUUUGGAUCCACAAACCCAUACACCAAAUGAAAUAGAUCCAGAUGGAGUUCUCUCAAAAAUGGAAAACUCACCAAAGAUAAAUACUACCAAAAUGAAAGUGAAGAAUUCCUUUGCACCUAAAGAUUUUAUGUUUCAUCCGCUAAGUGGUCUGACAACCUAUAAAGUAGCCCCUAUGACUCCUCGAAGUGCAGAUGCUUUCUUGACACCCAAUUACAUAUGGACACCUUCAGAAGCAAAAGUUGAUAAGAUUAAAGAAGCAACAAAAGAAGUUUUGACACAAGAAUGUGAAACUUGCUCUACUGAGACAGUAUAUCAAGAUUCAAAUAAAUUGCAGUCUCCUUUAGAUUCUCUACCAGUUUGCAGUAAAGAACAUGUCUUAAAUAAAAAUGAAAAUAUUAAGAAUUCCAAUGGUCAUUCAACCAAAGAAGUUCUGCCACUUCAGAUAAAUCAAGAACAGGUGUCUCAGCCAGAACACGAUGUGCCAUAUUUCAGAAAUGUUCUUCAAUCAGAAACUGAGAAAUUAACUUCGUACUGUCUUGAAUGGGACAAGAAGAUUGAAUUGGAUAUUCCAGAUGAUGUUAAAGAUCGUAUCCACUUAGCAGUUGGUCAAACAAGACUUCUUAUGAAAGAAAGAUUCAAACAGUUUGAAGGACUGGUGGACAAUUGUGAAUAUAGACUAGGUGAAAAGGAGACUACUUGUACAGAUCUGGAUGGAUUUUGGGAUAUGAUUAAUUUUCAGAUUACCGAUGUAAAACAAAAGUUCAAUGAUUUGACCAAACUUGAGGAAUGUGGAUGGCAAGAUAGUAAUAAUAAGAUGAGCAAAAAUGUUCGGAAAAAAGUUGUCCCAAAAAUAGCAAGUCAACCCAAACAGGACGACAGUGCAAGAAUUGCUGCUAGAAAUCGCCUAGCUGCCAUAAAAAAUGCAAUGAGAGAGAAAAUUAAACAGGAAGAACGUGCUGAGGUGGCAAACUCUAUAAAGCCAAAGGAAGUGGAUAAAGUAGUGUUUGAUGCUGGGUUUUUCAGAGUGGAAAGUCCUGUUAAAUCAUUCUCAGGGCUUUCUAUCUCUUCGGAAUCUCAAAAAAUUAAAACACCAAAGUCUGCCAGCAAAGCCGUGUGUGAGGGCAGGACUAAGGUAGACCUUCCCGGACAAACAUCACCAGCAGCAAUUUCUCAGCCAGUACCAUUUGACAACAAAAAGAUCUCUACUGAAUGCAACCUUCUUGAUUCUUCCCGCCUCAGCUGUGGUAAUCCGUUUGCACCUGUGGAGAGGAGACACCAGGGCAACUCCAGGCACAUUUCCUUUGGUGGCAACCUCAUCACCUUCUCACCUUUGAGGCCUCCCACUAGAGAACAGUCAGAAGAUUCUUAA